AUGGUAGGGACUGACCUUCUGGCUAUCGCGCGAACUGACUCCGAGGCGGCAACCCUAAUUACUAGCACUAUUGAUCCCCGGGAUCAUGCUUUCAUUGUUGGAUCCACCAACUCUAGCAUUGAGCCUCUUAAUGAUCUGAUGGUUGCUGCAGAGCAAGCGGGCAAGAACGGUGCCGAGCUUCAGCAGAUUGAGGACGAGUGGACCAGCAAGGCCGGGUUGAAACGUUUCCAAGACGCAGCCAUUGACCAAAUAAAUGCUACUCCCUCCAUCUCUAACAAAAAGGCUGCUAUUGAAAAAUUCCUUGCUGAUAUCAAGGGAAAGAGCAAUUCUGAAGCCCGCGCUAUCGCCAAACAGUUGACUGGUUCUGACAUCUACUGGAAUUGGGAUUCGCCACGAACUAGAGAGGGAUUUUACAGAUACCAAGGUGGAUGCGAGUGUGCCAUUAACCGCGCCGUUGCAUAUGGCCCAUUCGCUGAUCUCAUUUGGAUGGAGAGCAAACUUCCUGAUUAUGCGCAAGCCAAAGAAUUCGCCGAAGGUGUACAUGCUGUCUGGCCUGAGCAGAAACUGGCAUACAACCUCUCGCCUUCAUUCAACUGGAAGACAGCUAUGGCCCGCGACGAGCAAGAGACUUAUAUCCAUCGUCUGGGAGAGCUUGGCUACAGCUGGCAGUUCAUUACCCUUGCUGGUUUACACACAACUGCCCUGAUAUCUGACCAAUUUUCCAAGGCAUACGCUAAGCAGGGGAUGCGUGCAUACGGAGAGAUGGUUCAGGAACCGGAGAUGGACAACAAGGUCGACGUCGUCACCCACCAGAAAUGGAGUGGCGCAAAUUACGUGGAUGAACUAUUAAAGAUGGUUACUGGUGGCAUCAGUAGCACUAGUGCCAUGGGUAAGGGCGUUACUGAGGAGCAGUUCAAGUAG